UGCUCAAAGGCGGGACCACGUAGGUGGAGACUGGGUCCGGACUCGAGACCCGUACGCAGGUACGAGCAUAAACUCGUGCUGAUUUUGUUAUAAAAAGUCGAGAAACAGGGAGGCUGCAAGACCAAGUAUAAACAAUUUCUAACCUGGAUAGAAAUAAAGGAACUAAACGUAAUGAAGAACGCAGGUGUGUGUCUUGCGGUCCAGGAGUUGCUGUUGCUUCAAACUUGGCAAAUGCCUUUGGCCCUCUGCAGAUUUUUCCGAAGUAACUGGUAAACCAGCAGUCAACAUUACAAACAAGAUGUGACUGGGAACAUAUUGACCCUCAGUUGCUGUGACGUCUCUCUUCACCAUCUUCACCACUGUCCAAGGUCAGAGUGAUGGUGGUAGUGUGGUCAUGGCCAUGUACAAUAUCAGCGCCUCCCAGGGGUCUCAAGCAGUGCUGCAGUGCCAUAGCCAGCGCAUGGUAUGGACCCAGGACAGACUGAAGGACCGUCAGCGUGUGGUGCACUGGGAUCUGCUCCGGAGUACCCCAAACUAUGCCAUGGAGCGUGUCCUGGACAUGUUCUCAGCCGGGGAUCAGCGUAUUUAUAAUGCCUACAACCAGGGACGCAUCAGCAUGCCCAAGACUGCUUUUAAGGAUGGAAACUUUUCACUCAUUAUAAAGAAUGUGGCGGUGAGUGACAGAGGCAUCUACUCCUGCAACCUCCACCAUCAUUACUGCCAUCUCUUUGAGUCUAUCAAAGUUCAGCUCAAUAUCACCAAAUCAGCUCGCAAGGAGCGGCGUUUCUGGGAUGGCCAGAAGGCUGUGUAUGUGGUGUUAGUGGGAAGCACAGUGGUGUUGCCUUGCGUGAACCGCCGGUCAAUCUGGAUGGAAGGCAACAACGAGGAGGAGCAGCAGGUUGUUCACUGGGACCGCCAAGCGCCGGGAGUCCAGCAUGACCGAGCCGAUCGCCUCAUUGACCUGUAUGCCUCAGGAGAGCGACGCCACUAUGGGCCACUCUUCAUCCAGCAGAAGAUGAACAUCUCAGCCUCUGCUUUCUCCUAUGGCAACUUCUCACUCAUCAUCUCAGACCUACAGCCUGCGGAUCAGGGCCUGUACUCCUGCCACCUGCAUCACCACUACUGUGGCUUGCAUGAGAGACGCAUCUUCCAGCUCACUGUCGGUCCACCUGUCCUGCAGGAGCCCACAGAUGCCCCUCAUGUGCUGCCCAAUGAAAACCACAUAACGAAUGCAGUGGACACGCGGCCUCAUGUCAUCAAUUUUAUCUUGCCGGAGCACCAGAGUCACUUUCUGCAGGAGCUGGGCUACAUCCUCGCCACACUUCUCCUGCUGGCCCUCAUUAUUCUUGCCAUUGUCCUUCUUACCCACAGAUGGAAAGCUCGAGCUAUGGAAUAUUAUCCAUGUGCAGCAAAAAAAGUACAGCCACCAUUUGUGACAUACACGGGCUGUGUAGCUCAUACAAGCAAGGACUAUCACAGCGAGAUCCAAGAAGUGAAGACAUGCAAUCAGGAGGAGAAAAAACUUGAGUUUAAAAACAACCUUCUGAAAGAGGCUGAGAUGUCCAAGCUUUGCUCUUCCAAGGUCACUGACUUGGACAGAGAGAUGUAAAAAUCCUGGAAGUGAGAAAAAAGUUAGCUACUGGCUGGUCUAGUGGUGACUACAAUCAAGAAAAGAGGAUCAAGGCAGAAUGCAGAGAAGAUGGGUGUGUCUGUAUAUGUGAGGGUAUGUGUGCGAUCUUAGCUUUUUCAGAUUCGAUCAAGGCACUUUGCCACUCAUCUCUGGAUCAAUGACUAUGUUAUGGUAUAACAUGUACAGACAUAUUCUGAUACACAACAAAGCACACUCACUAAUGAUGCUCUUUUCAGGAUGCUCUCAGACCCUUAAAAGCAAACUUCAGUGCCUUCAGUGAACUUGCACGUGCCUUAUUGUAUGAGUUAUAGCACAGCCCGCUUCCUGCAUCCUAGCUGUAUUUGUUUUGUUUUUCAAACAAAAACAAUGCUUUCACUGAAAUAAUGUGCUUGUGCAUUAGUAAUUUGCAUAGAGACAUUUGUAUGUACUGUAUAUAAUAAGAAAGCUUAAGACAGUUACUAAAGUUUGCGUCGUCAUAAUAUUUUUUUUAAAACAGUCGUUUUUUUUGCCAUAUUAUGCUGUUUAGAAGUUAAGCCUAGAUUCUAAUCAAUCUGUUGUUUACUGUCUUUUUAUAUUCACCAUGAUUUCUAUAGUUUAUUUAAACUGUUUGUUAAAGGCAUAUUAUGCUUAUUCAUAAUACAAUGAAAGAAUCAAGCUAAAAUUCAUUCUAAGAAUCACAGUGACCUGAUUCCUAACACUAGAUGGUACAAAUGAAGCUGAAAUCACUUUGUAUGCUUUCGUUAAUUAUUAUUGUUCUUUCAUAUAAUUAAAAACACCUUAAAUACA